AUGGCACCCAGGCAGCAGAGAAGGGCAGGUUGUUCUCCUGAGACCCAGGCUGCUGUCAAGAGCCCUAAAGAGGAAAAUGGGGGGCAGAGAAGGAAGGAAGAGAAAUGGGUGAUCAGGGAGAUGUGGAGGGCAGGUGAAGAAGGAGGUAAGGCGGUGCCUGGUGUCGGAUGGGACUUGGUGGCUGAUGUUAACUAUGUGACCCUGGGUGUUCAGCUCUGUGGAGCUAAUGAUGCCUGGAGCCUUGGCAACCAGAGACAGUAUUGCAAAGCUAGGGAGAGCAGAGGCAGACGACAAGCUUGCGUAAAAGCGACGCGUUACCAUCAGCGGAUUAGGAGGGGCCGUUGCCAGGGACCCCGGGAAGACACAUGUGACAGCAUCCCCUCCUUCAGCUCUCCAUUACCCCCCAAGUCACGUGAGCUCCAGGAUUCAGUGUUGGGGCAGAGAGGCUGGCGCAGAGCAGGGUCAGCUGACGGCGCUGCGGCCCCUCGGCUUCAGUGUGGCCAAGCAGGGGCAUUCUCCCGGUCAGUCUGCAGAGCCGCUGUCCAGCCUGAUCCCGAGAUGGACCCCAUCGACGAGAAGAAGCUACGGGCCCUGCAGAUGCUGCAGCCGCCGGGCCUGGGCAAGGGUCGCGCGCUGCUGGCCACCCUGCGGACUCUGAUGCUCUUCACGGCCGCGAUGAUCACCUUGCCCAUCUGUCUCUACUUCGUGUCUAAGACGUACCUCUUCGAAGGCAUGCUGGGCCUGCCUGCCAUCGACAGCUACUUCUAUUCCGCGAUCGUGGCCGUGGUCUCCGUACAUAUAGUGCUGGCCCUCUUCGUUUACAUGGCCUGGAACGAGGGGACCCGGCAGUGGCAGGAGGCGAGCAAGCUAGAAUAGGACAGCAGCCCCGCCCCGACGGCCCUCCCUCACACCCACCCCCAGAUCCCCCAGCUGGGGAGGGGGGCCCAGCGAAAAGAUAUGGGGCUUGGGCAUGCGUGGGCGGGGCCGAUGGUGGAGGGCCGCUGCUUUCCACCCGACCCUUGAAUGUUUGAGGAGACCCCAGUGUGGAUAUUCUGCUGACUGUAUCUCCAUUUUCCCUGCUUAUGGCACCAGAAGAGAGUUGCCAUCACCUGCAAUGCCAGUGAAAGACUCCACAUAUUCUGUGAUAAAAACACUUGCUUGUCCUGGUACCAAUGGAUAGUGAGGAAAACUCCUCAGUUCUUCAUUUAUUUGAUUUCCACUCUAUGUUCUGAGAAAUCCAGCCUAAUUCAGUGGGGGUAGAUAUGGGCAGAUUUCCUUAUCAAAAUCAGAAGCCUGAAAGCUGAAAAUUUUGCACACUAUCACUGACAAUCAUCCUACCUACUGCAGUAUUCCAGCCCCUGUUAGAGCCUUCUCCCACCUCCCUGGGCCUGUUUGGUCCUUUAGCUCAGAGGACCACCUGCUUCAUCCCAAAGCCUAGGCCCAGGGUAGCCAGUGUUCUCAGAUCAUGACAGGGCUUCACUCCGCCCUAUGCUUUGGGGUCUACACCCUCCACAAUCUAUAUUAUUAUUCCAAAGGCAGUAUAGAGUAAUGGAAAAAACAUCAGAUUCAGACUCAAACAACUUGGGUCUGAAUCCUAGUUCUACCACUAAUUAGAUACAAUUUACUUCAGUAUUCUGACUCUCAGUUUACCCAUUCAAUAAAUGAGUUUAAAUGGGGGUAAUUUUAAAAAAAUCAUGACACCUCCAGCAUAGAUUAACUUCUGUGUAAAUUGGGUCAAAUCCAGUCACUCAAUUUCAUCAUCUCAAGGGCCACUGCCACCUCCUUAGUAGGUAGGUCCUGAGGGGUUAAGAGUCCAAAUGUGCCAGAUCUACUUUUGUCCCUCCUAAGAACCAGUCAUUGUAAAGCCGCUGAAAGAUAUGCUUCAUUUCACAUCUAUUGGAUGUCUUUCUGGGUUUAACUACAGGUGUUCUUGGUAUGAUCUAACUUACCUGGAUCUCACACCAAGACCUUUGGAAUUCCAUGCAUUCAUUCACUGCUUUUGCUUGUCUUGUGACAAUGACUAGUGACACUGGUCUUCUGUCCUUCUCUAAAUAGUUUUGCAAAUGACUCACAUUCUAAACUACCACUACCUGUGGCUGCUAUGUCUCUGCCUCGAAAAGUUGAGUGUUUAUCACCUGUGGCAGUUUCUGGCCUCUUUUGGUCUCCUUGUGACAACUAGUUAGCAUAAUUUAGACUUUUCUAGGAAAUAGUGAUAAAAGCAAUGUCUUUAGUCCAUUUCCUGUUUUUGUAGGACUGCCUCCCCCAACAAUCUGAUGCUUGUUUUAACCUUUGCUGUAAUCAGUAAUUGAUUUGAUUGUAUAACAUCAACUGAUUCCAAAAUCACUGCUACAGUGUACCUGUGGUUUCCUAUCUUUUAAGGUAUGUUAGAUAUUUGGCCCAGGAAGUGCUUUCUAACACUUCUAUUGAAAAUGUUCAUGAUUUAUUGAUAAUGAGACUUCUGAGUGGGCUAUACAAUUUGACCCCUUUUAUUUCUUGGUCCCGAACCAUAUUCUCCAAUGUAGUUUUUAUCAUCCUCAUAUGACCACUUAAGCAUCAAAAUUGUUGACUUAGUUUAGAGAAUCUUAUCAAGUUCUUUUAAAAAAUAUUUUCUACCCUUUCCUCUGCAAUGUUUAUUGGUAUAUAAGCUUUAUUCAUCUUUGCUGUGGUUUGUGAAAUCGGUGAACACUGAAAGAUAAGAUAAUAAAGCACAGCAUGAAAUGAUAUUUCUUUUUGCCUUGGAGUGUGAUGAAAACAACUUAACAUCUCACUUAUUUACUUCUCUGAAGGAGAUCUACCAGCUCUUCUUCCACUUUGCUGUGGCUUUGUUACAGCUUCUAGUUUUAUUUACAGCUAAAAUAGGGCUGAGUAGUUCAAUGUGGUAAAAUAAAUGCAAUUCAAUAUGGCAGUGGUCCUGCAUAGCCUAAAUGAAAGGAUUUCUUGUUGAAGGCAAAGUUCUCCAAAUGCUCCUAUUUACAAGUGACUUGCAUCAAGCCAAGGAAUACACUUAAUAUUUAGUAUAGUGCCUGGUAUCUAGUAAGCAUUUGAAUGCUUGCUGGCUGACUGACAGUGAAAUAUCUAGAAAUGUGAAAGUUCUUAGUGUAUCCAAUAUGGAAGAACAAAGUGGAUGAAAAAUGGACAUUCCUCAAAUUAUGUCAUGGUGGUAGAAGGCAGUCCAACUAGCUAAUUCACUGGUAUAUGUUUUAUGGGCAAUGAGCUAGACCCAGAAUUUCAUGGGAAAAGAUUAGGUUGAAUUGCACAUAGUGAAUUGUGUAAUGCUUCACUUUUAGUGAUCCCAAACUGCACUGUAGUGAAAACCCAAUUCUUAAACACUGUAUUUUCCCAGUAACAUAAGAAUGCUGAUCAUGGAACACCUCAUUCUCAGAAGACUCAGUUAAAGACAACCUCAUGGGCAAAGGAAAGAUGCAUGGCAGUAGUGAAUUGUUUGUAGCAUGCUACCAGUGAUGGCUUGUGCAUAAGAUGUGGCUUGAAAGGCAUCAAAGUGGGGACUAGCCCAGAAGAGGAUGUGGACCCCCCUUGUAGUGAGAAUGAGAAAACAGAUGGAUAACUCAAGUGGUACAUGGGGACUCAAAGAUCAAAAGGUCUGCACAUUGGUUGGAUCAUCUAUGAAGAAUUCAUGGAAAACUUUGAGCAAGACCACAGAAGGAUGAAAAGGCAUCAAUGAGUUAAGAAGUAAAGGAUUGCCAACAGAAUGGGGACAGCAUUUUUUGGGAAUGGCAACCUUCUGGGUACCCCUUAAAUCAUGCCUGGCUGGCAGCUACCUUCUCAGCUAAGUCCCUGCAUUUAAAAGCCUGGUAUUUUAGAAGAAGAGCAAGUAGGUGAGAGCAGGAGGGAAGGGUUUGUCUCUCUCAAACCUAAAUGGAAAAGAGGGUUAAGAUUAAAGUAGAAUAAUAAAAAUUAGUGAGAAAGGCAGUGAAUUGUACCUAGGUAUGUAUAUGUCUACAUCUUGCACUAAAUGUUGUUAUUUUUCAAAUAAAUUAUUUAGUAAUACCA